AUGAUAGUAAACAGACUAAAGAUGCAGAGAAAAGUAAAGUCAAAAGAAAGACAGAUGAUUCAAGCACUGCUGGCAAGAAGAGUAGCAAGAAAAGAAAAAAAGGAGACAAGUGGAAAGAAACACGAGCGUAAACGAAUUACUGAUGAAUCUGAGGACAAGUUAUCAACACCUGGAAAUGCCGAAGAUGUCAAAAAUAUGAUGCUGAAAGUGUUGCGUGAUAAAGUGGAUGAAUCACUACUUGAGGACAUACUUCCUGACCCAGAAAAUGAUUUUUAUCCCCAUAACGUGGAUCAGCUGGGACCAAGUGAAUAUUUAGCUUCAAUUCUGCCAAAGUGGAAAAUAUCAGUGAAAAAGAGCCUUUUUAUGAAGAAGAAUGGAAGUCCUGUCCUGUUGAUUGUGACAAGUUCGGCAAUCAGGGCAGUUGAAUUAAACAGACAAAUUAAAGAUUUCCUGGAUGAUAAAAGUAAAGUGGCAAAACUGUUUGCUAAACAUAUGAAGGUGGAGGAUCAGAAAAAAUUUCUCAUGAAAACAAACUGCCAGGUGGGAAUUGGAACUCCAGGUCGUCUGCUGCUACUUAUUAAACAAGGAGUUUUACAGUUGGAGAGUUUGGUUGCUGUAGUGCUGGACUGGAACUGGAGGGACACCAAGUUAAAGAGAAUGGCAGACAUUCCUGAGGUUCGGCAGGAUGUUGUGAUGUUGCUGAAGGACUCCGUGAUAGAGGCUGUGAAGGGUUCAUCCUGCAGGCUGGCAUUGUUAUGA